AUGAAGGGAAAAUCUAUAAAUAAAGAAGAAAAUGAAGGGGAGGACGAUUUUCCAGAAGGUUCAAGAGGUGAGGUUUCUGUUUUGCGUUGGAAGAAGCGAGAAGCAGCUGCAUCCAACAAAACGACAUUUUAUACCUUCUUCUUCCAUCCUGUGUUCAGUAAGCACCCCCAGCAACCAGACACUCGAUUUAUGUCUUCUCUCCCUUGGCUGGUUUGUGGAGAUUUUAAUUGUAUUUUAUCACAAUCUGAAAAACGUGGAGGCCCUCCUUACUCGAGCAAUCUGAUUAAUGGGUUUUUGUCUGUCUUGAAUGAUACUGGUUUGCAUGAAAUCACGUUGUAUGACUUUGAGUUUAUGUGGAACAAUGGGCGUGGUGAAGGUGCGAUGGUGGAAGAGAAGAUUGAUCAGUUUUUUGCUUCUGAAUCAUGGAGACAACAAUUUAAUUUAUCUAGAGCAGAGACCAUAUCUUAUUCCUCUUCUGAUCAUCUUUCCAUCUUCUUGCAAAUUCAAACCUAUGUGCCUAGAGACCGUGUUCACUUGUUUCGAUUUGAAAAUCAAUGGACAGAAGAAGAAGAGUGUCGUUCCAUUGUUGAUUCAUGCUGGAAAUCGAAAGCCCUUCGACCUGUGCAAAGCCGUCUAGAUGUUUGUCGGAAUAGACUUGAUAAUUGGAAAAGAAAUUUAAAGCGAAUCUAUGCACAAGGUUUGCAGAGAGAGACUUAUUGGAAGCAGAGAGCUAAUGGACAACGGCUACGGGGUGGUGAUCAGAACACUAGAUUCUUUCAUAUGAAGGCCACUGCUCGUCAAAGGAAAAAUCAGUUUGUACAUGAUUCUAUGGAGUUGUCCAGUUUAAUACCAAUUGGUGUUAUGGAGGAGGACAAUCACUCUUUGCUUGCCCCUUAUACAUCGGAGGAGAUUCAGCAGGCCAUUUUCAGUAUGCAGUCAGAUAAAUCACCUGGCCAUUGUUUUGAUCCCCAAGAAGAAGACGCCGGCAACUAUGGGAGACUUACGGCCGAUUACUUUGUGUCAGCUUAUGAGGUGUUGAAUUAUAUGAGAAGUCGUCGUCGGGGAAAGGAUGGCUAUGUGGCUUUGAAAAUAGAUAUUAGGAAAGCGUAUGAUCGCUUGGAGUGGCCCUUUAUUCGGUUCAUGCUUCAGUCGUUGGGGUUUGAUGCUAAAUUUAUUGAUUUGGUGAUGUUCUGUGUUAGUACAAUGUCUUACCAGGUUCUCCAUCAAGGACAACUAUUGGGUCCUAUAGCACCGCAGCGUGGAGUUCGACAGGGAGACCCACCGUCACCAUACCUAUUCAUUCUAUGUGUUGAGGGCCUGUCUUAUAUGAUUAGAGCACAAGUGGCUACCAAUGCUCUUCACAGUUGUAUCAUUGCUACUGAUGUACCUCAGAUCACUCACCUUUUCCUUGCAGAUGACAACUUGCUUUUUUUCAAAGUCGAGAUUAGUGAGGCUCAGAUUGUUCAAGAGGUGCUUGAUUUCUAUGCAAGAAUGUCUGGGCAGGUUAUAAACUUUAAUAAAUCUAUUAUUUGCUAUAGUGCUAAUGUGCCUGCCUCUAGACGAGUGGCCAUCUAUGAGUUAUUGCAUAUUGUUGAAGGAGAUGGCAUUGGGAAUUACUUGGGAUUGCCCAUGAAUGUUGGUAGAAAUAAGGCAGAGGUUUUUCAUUUUUUGAAGGAUAAAGUUUGGAAACGGCUUAAUUCUUGGAGUCACAGAAGCUUAUGGCACGGUUUUGGUGGGGUAAAGGGAAAAAUUAUGACAAAGGCAUGCAUUGGAUGUCUUGGUUUAGCUAGGCCUAAAAUUGGUGGGGAUCUUAGCUUUAAAAAGCUUAGGGAGUUCAACUUGGCAAUGCUAGGUCGUGUUGGUUGGAAUUUGAUUUUGAAUCCUCACUCCUUGGUGGCCUCAUUAUUAAAAGCACAUUACUAUCCUAUUGUCUUCUUCUUAGAUGCCCCAAAAGGUACAAACCCUAGUUUUGUUUGGACUAGUAUUCGUGCAUCGCAGGGUCUCCUUCGUCAAAGAAUUUUAUGGCGCAUUGGUAGUGAUUCGAUGGUGCCCAUUUGGCUUGAGCCUUGGCUGCCUGAUAGAGAGAACCCUUUCAUUACAUCAUAUUUUGAAACUUCUGUUGGAGUCCAUUAUGUUAGUGAUCUUAUUCAAAAUGGCACAUAG